CGGCGUUCGCGUGGAUAAGGUGUGGCAACGCUAUUUUCCUCAGAAACCUUGGAAUAAAACGCAGGACUACGAAAAACAAACAAUCUCAGCAAACGUAAAUGAUGAUUGUGUAUAAGCAAACAUUUUCUGCGCUUGCAUUAAACGUAGGCUAUUAAAUGAAAAAAGUAGAUGCAUGGUGUCCUACCUAUUUAAUUACUGCCAACCCACACCACCGGAGCUGCAAAAGCAAUGACGCCGCCUUUUUAGAUUUCGUCUCUAUGUGAAGAGACCUCUGAAUAUUAUUCUCAGAAAUGUCUCGGUUUAUGCUUUAAGAUUAUUCUGGCUUUUAACGAAUAUGGUGUUUCGUGCAUUUUUCUGUUUAUGUCUGUGGCUUUUGGGAGGUGUGUCUGAUGUUUAUUCAGAUGAAAGAGGGAUAUCAGUGAUGGAGGGAGAUUCUGUCACUUUAAACACUGAUGUUACUGAACUAAAGAAAGAUGACCAGAUUCUGUGGACAUUUAGAUUUAAUAGUUCAGAGACUCGUAUCGCUGAAAUCUAUAAACAGAUCAUCUCUAUAUAUGAUAAUAAAGAUAAUACUGAGAGAUUCAGAGACAGACUAAAGAUAGAUGAGCAGACAGGAUCUCUGACCAUCACUAACAUCAACAAAUUACACUCUGGACUUUAUAAACUACAGAUCAUCAAUGGAGAUGUCAAACACAAGAGCUUCAGUGUCGCUGUCUAUGGCAUUCUGCCUGUUCCUGUCAUUAUCAGAGACUCUUCACAACAUUUUUCACCUGAAUCAUCAAGUCAGAAUUGUUCACUGUUGUGUUCAGUGGUGAAUGUGGGUGCUGUGACUCUCUCCUGGUACAAAGGAAACAGUUUAUUGUCCAGCAUCAGUGUGUCUGAUCUCAGCAUCAGUCUCUCUCUACCUCUGGAGGUGGAAUAUCAGGAGAACAACAUCUACAGCUGUGUGAUCAACAAUCCAAUCACAAACCAGACCACACAUCUCAACAUCACUCAACUCUGUCAGUCAGAUUCAGAAUCCAACCAGACUUCACUUCUUCUAGUUGUGUUUCUCUUGGUCUUGCUGCUGUUAGUGAUCUCAGCUGUAGUUGUGAUGAUGAUCUGUCGACGAAGAAAAUACACACGAGCAAAACAAGAGGCUCCGAGUAAUGAGGAGGAGGUUGAUUAUACUGAAGCAACAUUCGUUAAACAUGGAGAUCAGGAUACGAGGGCUAACGGACACGAUCAGACGAUGUAUUCAGAAGUAGUUUUGAGAAGAUGAUCGUGUGGACUGUAUGCCUCUAUUACCGGUGCAGAGCAUGUUGAGGUGUAUGUCAGUGUAGCAAAGCUCAAGACCACAGUUAAACUGCAAAUGCACUGGUUCUAGCUACACAUGACUGAAUUUCAGCAUAUAUUUUUAAGUUAAAAAAAAAAAGAAAAAAAAAAGACCACAUGUCACAUUUCAGGGAUUUUCAUUUACUCGUACAGAAAUACAUAAAGGUCAGAUGUGUUCAGUACUGUAGGAUGCUUGUAUAAUCGUUGUGCUCAUGGCUCCCUCUGCUGACUCUCUGGGAGACAUAUAGAAGAGUAAAAUGGGUUUGACUUUCUGCUGGUACAUGACCAUCUGUGGGACCGAUAUUUCUAAAAUAUCAGUUCAAGAAUAUAAUUUCAGGUUCUCUAAAUUAUUUGUCAUUAUGGUGUAAUUUGUGUAUAAAUUUGCACAUUAAAUAUUGUAAUUAGCAAGCAAUCAUUUUCUAUGUGCAUUCGUAGGGAGUGAGUGCUUCAGCAGCCUACAUGUGAUGCAUUUCCUCAUAUUAUAUUUUUAUUUUUUGAAGAAAGUUGUUGCAAUGUAAAUGAAAACACAGAAAAUAAUGUUCUGCAAUAGUUAUCAGUAUUAACUAUGUCUGUGUAAUGUGGUUCAUUGAUGGACACUGAAUGAAGCUCUUGACAAAAUCUCAGUAACAUCUGAAUAUCACCUGUUUUAGAGUCAAUCUAAGCUGACAAACACAGAUUUAAAGGGACUGAUGAAUCCAGUUUUAUCUUUAUUCAAAUUGUUUGAAUGUGAUUUUAGUCUAUUAAAAUGCUGCCUGUUACCUUUUUUGCCUCACUUAAAUUCUUUUACUUGAAAUGUUUGAAGGCUGUUCAAGUGAUUUUGUCUAUUACUGAAUUAAACAUUUUCUCUGCAUUGAUUAUUUGUCUCUUUAUGCCACAAUAAAGCCCUGAUUUUAUUAAUGGAAAACUGAUGCGCUUUUUUAAUUCUGUGUUUAUGAAUCUCAGGAUCAGAUGUUGUUUUCAGUCAUAAGAUUGGACUCUGUUGUUCGUCUGUCACAUUAUUGACAGUAUGGUUAAAGCUAAA